AUGACUUCGUUCUCUGUUCUCCCACCAUACCUGCAAAAACGCGUCGACAAGGCGUUCGACCUUUGCGCAGAAUCUGAGCUAGACCAUGCGACUUCCACCGCUAGUGGCGGCGGAUUUGUUUUAGAAGCACCCGAGCCCAUGCGAAUAGCUCUUUCUUCCAUUCCCGCCGCCCUCCAGCGGCUGGACCUUCCUCCAGACGAUGAGCAAGUGCUGAAUGUGUUCAAAAAUGCCGCGACUGGCUGGUCGUCAGCGACGAACGAGGUCAACCACAACCCUAAGGAAACUGAGCUUUUCGUGAGCCGCGAUGAUUGGCAUUCUGUUUGUGCCGUGUUGUUGGAGCACCAUGCGGAGGAAUACGGGGAGAGCGCAAGUGAGGGACGGCCAUUUGACGACGAUGACGAAGGAGAUGCUUAUGAAGAUGUGGAGGACUCUGACGAUUCUGACGAGUAUAUGGACGAAGAUGACCUGGGCCCUUCAACUUCGAGUCGGAGAAGGAGGCCCAAUACCCGCAGACGCGCAAGCUCUUCGGAAAGCUCACACUCCUCAUCGCCCAAGAAACUUACUGCCCGACAACGCAAGACCUGUCUCGACACUUUCGCCCUUUUCUUCCCGGAUGUUGACCCAAAGGACCUGGUCCAGCAGCGCGUCAUGAUCAAAGACGUUCAACGACUCACACAGCUCAUUGGCGACAAACUUAAAAGCGAAGAGAUCGUGGAAAUGGUCGAGGAGUUCUCCACAUCACCGGACAAGUCGAUGAGCUUUGACGAUUUCAGUGUCAUGAUGCUUGCAGCCAAACUAGCGUGA